UUUCGCCUCAGAUCUAUCCUCUCGUCAGCCCCCUAUACCAGCCGGCGUGGUUCAUUCCUCAUGCUCACAGUGUGUGUGUAGUCAAGCCACACUAAGCCACUCUGAGCCAUCAGUCCCCCCUCCCCGGGCGGCGAUGGAUGCAUGCAAACCACUCACUGAGCACCUUCUGCCGCACUACUACUUGACGCUGGAUCGCUAAACGGGAUGCAGAAUGACUCGUUUUCCACGUCGGAAUCGUCUAGCAUGACGUACCCCGACGACGGCAUCGGCGCGAAUGCUAGCGGACUCAAUUCGGAGGGCGAUGACGCGUACCGACCGUUCUCGCUGUUCAGCGUGCUCACCCUAACGCUGCUGGCCAUGCUGGCCGUAGCCACCUUCGUGUGGAAUCUUCUGGUGUUGGUGACCAUCCUGCGGGUGCGCACCUUCCACCGGGUGCCGCACAACUUGGUGGCGUCCAUGGCCAUAUCCGACGUAAUGGUGGCGGCGCUAGUCAUGCCGCUGAGUCUGGUGCAUGAGCUCAACGGACGAUUGUGGAAGCUGGGCCGCGUUCUAUGCCAGGUGUGGAUCUCCUUCGACGUGCUGUGCUGCACGGCCAGCAUCUGGAACGUGACGGCCAUCGCUCUGGACCGAUACUGGUCCAUCACACGCCACCUGGAGUACACGCUGAAGACGCGCAAGAAGAUCUCCAAUGUGAUGAUCGCGCUCACCUGGCUGCUGUCGUCCAUCAUCUCGCUCUCGCCGCUCUUCGGCUGGGGCGAGACGUACACCGAGGAGGGUAAGAAGUGCCAGGUGAGCCAGGAGCUGUCCUACACUAUCUUCUCCACCUUCGGCGCCUUCUAUCUGCCACUUUGUGUGGUGCUCUUCGUCUACUGGAAGAUCUACAAGGCGGCCAAAUUCCGGAUCGGAUCCCGCAAGAGCAACACCAUUACGCCCAUGGCAGAGGUGAAAGAGGAAGCGCGGCAGCCCCAGAUGGUGUUCACGGCGCGUCACGCCACCGUUACUUUCCAGACAGAUGGCGACACGUGGCGCGAGCAAAAGGAGAAGAAGGCGGCGCUCAUGGUCGGCAUCCUGAUCGGCGUCUUCGUGCUUUGCUGGAUCCCAUUCUUCAUCACCGAGCUUAUCGGGCCCCUGUGUGCUUGCGACAUCCCGCCCAUCUGGAAGAGCAUCUUCCUGUGGCUCGGCUAUUCCAACUCCUUCUUCAACCCGCUCAUCUACACCGCCUUCAACAAGAACUACAACAACGCCCUAAGGAACCUCUUCUCCAGGCAGCGUUGAUGCAGACUCCACAUUCCAGACACUUCCACAUUACCUCAGCAUUUUUUUUGUGUAACCUCGCAGUCAGACUCUUCAAAGAGAUAACUAAAUGUCCUUGUUAAAAGGAUAAGUGCUCGGGAGGUACCCCGGUAAACACUUAACCUGACACGACCGGGAAUUGGUUCAAAGUCAAACCAGGAGACGAACAAAUGGAAACUUUGACUGCUGGGGGAGUCAUCAGAGAACGACAAACGCGCUCAUUAGGUUGACAAAAUAAGGCCCGACGCAGAGUUUGACUGGUGCUUCCGAGGCAAUUAUCGUGGCUGGGAGUUGAUGAAGGAAACCGGAUGCACGGAAUUUAAUGAAGUCACAGUUGGUGGUACACCUACACUAUCCAGUGGCGGUCCCUGUAAGAGACUCUGAUAAGGAUAAAAAUGUACCCUAUCCGAGUUCAGUUUGACUGAGCACACCCACAAAAACAUAUCCUGAAUCAGUGCUCAAAAAGCAAAAUCAUCCGUUUUGAGAGUAUUUUGCCCAU